AUGGCCGACGCUAAAACUGACCAAAUGUUUAAGAGCAAAAUCAGAGACUGUAUACGCGAAAAGCAUCCUCACGAUAUUGUACUGAAGAAAUUGUCGUCUAUAGUUGCUAAAAGAAUGCCCAAGUUUUACAAUGCGACAUGUUAUUUUCACGUUCGAUGUCCAGAAUGUCAUAAGUUAACUAAAACAACGAGUAAAUGUAAUCUAGAAGGUAAUAAGAUGACUGAAUGUGAACAUUGUAAAGAAUUAUUUUCAAGUCAAUCUGCAAAGGAUUGGAAAAUUGAUGAGGAGGAGCCAGAAAUAUCCGUUUCGAAAGAAGUAGAUCCUAAAGAAGUAGAUAUCAGGUAUCAAUUCUUUUGUAUUGCAAAUUUAAUCGAAACGGACUGGAAAAAGUUAGCAGCUAUAUUAGAUCCGACAAUUAGUACUGAAGUUAUCCAAAAACAAAAUCGAAACGAUGUAUUUGGCCAAGCGAUAGAACUACUAAAUAAAUGGUACAAUAAAUAUCCAAAUGUUGGUAUUUGUCGUCUAGAAGGCGCUUUGAGACGCAUAGGAAGAAGCGAUAUUGUUACUCGUAUUAAUCAAAUUAAUCAAGAAUUAAAUAUAUAA